AUGUCUCCUGUUGGGCUGGGCCCCUACCCGAGGGGCCCCCCUGUCUCAAGUCUUGCCUUCCGAGAUAGAGAAGCAGAAUGGAGAGCUAGGGGCCCCAUGCCAAUGAAUGUGGGGGGCCCCCGCCCCUAUGAUCGCGACCUCCGUCAUAUUAGAAAAACCCUCACCCUCCCUAGGAGGCCUCAGCAACCCAGGGGCCCCCCAGGACCUGCAGUUGAUCGUUAUAAGAGCCAAAGCAGGUCUUUAAGCGAAGACAACGCGGGCGAGAGGGCGAGCUCUGCGGGGUCUCCUCGUCUUGCUGCUGCAGCGGGGUCCCCUGGUGCCGAUGCAGCAGACAAAGCAGCAACAACAGCAGAAGCAGCUGCACAAGAAAGAGAGGGUGGCAUGUCUUCUAUCCGGGGAGACAGCAGAGAAAGGGGCCCCUCAGGGUCUCCGGAGAGGGGCCCCCCUUCCUCUUUGCCUCUUCAUUCGCGUGUGGGGGAUUUGAGGCGGCGGCUGCAGAGCAAACGAGCAGAGCCAUCAGCUCAGCAGCAAUAA